AUGAGUACUUUAACUGUUCCAAAGACCUCUGGCCCCGAAAGAUCAGGAUUAGAGCGUCCAGAUUCGAGCGAAAACCAGCUAAUAAAGGCCCAAAUAUACAAAGACAUCUGUGAGUAUGAAGAGACGCUGGGGCGUCUCGUAGCAUCCGUAGAUAAAUUUCAUCCGGAUAUUCAAAGUGCUAGAGAUCUAAUUGAGGCGGAUAGAAAGCUUUCGGACACAUUGACGUCGCUUCAGAAAUACGAUGAAAUCGACAGUCGAGCAAGACAUCUUGACGAAGAACACUCAAAAACUGAUGAAAAAAUCGCACGGAUCUUGCAAACGCUCACAGAGUGUCAUCGAGAUCUAAAUUCGCUACCUAUGCUCGAGCAAGUGGAGUUUGAACGCAAAACAAUGCUCAAGCAGCGCGAAAAAGUAUAUACAGACGUGCUGCUCGACUACGCCAUGAAACUCGCUAAAUUCACGCAUGUACCACCAACGUUUGAUAAAGGCUCCGUGGGGCCAAACAAUUUUGUGUGGCCUGCGGAGGACGCUAUGAGACGAGGUAUGCUGGCCAUAGCCUCGCUAAAAGCAUCGGAGAAUGGAACUGGAAAAGCGGCGACAACGGAGGUUGACUCGAACAUUCAACAAAGCGCUCAAAGCGCUCAAAACGCUGGUGAACAACACGCCGCAGGAUCGGAUGCAGAGAACCAUGCAGGCACUCGCAGGCCUUCUUUCGAGUUUAGUGGAGCUGCCGUCAAGAACGUCGAGGAUGAGAAGCAAGAGGACGACAUUGAUCUGGACCUCGAUCUCUUCAAUGCCGAGGAGUUUUAA